UUUUCCAAGAAAAUAUUACGUGCUGACGGCGGCGUGAGAAUAGUCAUAUUCUCAUAAUUACAAUAAGGUUCACGAUUUUCGCUCAUAUACCUCGUAUCGUAUAGUUUGUUUUUCUUCAUAUGACUGUCGUUUCAUAGUCUGCACUUUCUACGAGGAGUGGCGGCGUGUUACCACCACGAACACUCGACAUGUUCGACUUCCCACAGCCUCACUCACAGACUCCCUCUCCUUCAGUUUCUCGCUAAGCUGUUGCAUGGAGAGAGGCUUUCUUCAUGGUUUUUCAAUCUUUCGUCGGUCGAAGAGGUUAGAAUAUGAGAAUUCAUUCCUCUGUUUUAAAAAUUCGCGAUACCUACGUGAUACCUACAUAAGCAGUGAACACAUCACAGUCAAUUUGUGAUUUACGUACAUGGAAUUGUGAAUGUCAAAAUUUUACUGUUGCUUCAGUAAAAGAUUAGUAAAGACAGUAGAUUAUCUUUUCCCUUUUUUUUGAUCAAUAUUUUAUUUUAUAUUUUAAGAGAGUUGUGCAAAUAUACAAAUUGACAGUUUAACUUUUUAGUUGCAAUUUAUAAAUGUUUAUUCGAAUUGAAGUUCCUGAUUCGUGCGCGGAAUUGUGUAUUCGUAAAGAACAUUCGUAUUUAUAAGAUUUUAAGUAGAUAAGAAGGCGAGAACCGUUGGCGGAAUGCGAUCUCGGCAAUAAAAAGCAAAAAAACAUUAUUGUCGAAGAUUUUCUCGUCGAUGGAUUCGAUCGAGGAUCAGUGUUUGUUUUAAUCUUCCAAAAAAUUCAAGACAGUGAGGGUUUGACUGAUUUACGAUUUCUCUACUGAAGAAAAGUGAAUCGAAAUUACGAGAAAGAAAAAAUUUAUUUUUCGUAGAAAAAUAAAAAAAAUUGAAACAUGACCAGAGGAAGACACAAGAAGAUGUUAAUGUUAUUUGCAAUCUGCUUGGUGACGGUAUUCGCAGAGCCUGAAUCUUCACCAGACGAACUGUACAGCCGAUUUCCAAAAAAUCGGGAUGAAGACAAAUGUUACGAUGACAAUGGAAGACCACAGAGGUGUAUACCACCUUUUGAGAAUGCGGCAUUCAAUGUGCUUAUGGAAGCAACGAACACCUGUGGCCAAGAUCGGCCAACAGAAUUUUGCAAACAGACUGGCGUCCAAAAGAAAUCUUGCGAGAUAUGUCGAUACGGUGAUCACGAGGCUUUGUUUCUUACUGAUCAUGACAAUAACGACAACGCAACUUCGUGGCAGUCGGAAACAAUGUACGAGGGUAUCGAAUAUCCAAACCAAGUUAAUCUCACGCUACAUUUAGGCAAAACGUUCGAUAUAACUUACGUUCGAGUGCUUUUCGAGUCGCCGCGUCCGGAAAGCUGGGGUAUCUACAAGAGGAGAAACGAGAAAUCGUCAUGGGAGCCUUAUCAAUUCUAUUCCGCGACUUGUAGAGAUACCUACGACUUACCCGAUUUAAAGGAAACGGUAGGAGGCGACGAUACCAGAGUAUUGUGUACUUCCGACUAUUCCGAUAUAUCGCCAUUGACAAAGGGUACUGUUGCAUUCUCCACAUUAGAAGGUCGGCCUUCGGCGUACAAUUUUGAAGCUAAUCCAGCAUUGCAGGAAUGGGUACAAGCAACAGAUUUGAGGAUUACUCUGGAUAGAUUAAACACCUUCGGAGACGAAGUUUUUGGCGAUGAUCAUGUACUAAAGUCCUACUACUAUGCGAUCGCUGACGUCGCCGUUGGAGCACGUUGUGCUUGCAAUGGCCACGCUGGAGAAUGUGUAAACAGUACCAGCGUGGAUGGAAAAACUCGCAGAGUAUGUAGAUGCGAGCACAAUACCGCAGGUCCAGAUUGCAACGAGUGUUUGCCUUUUUAUAAUGAUGCACCUUGGGGACGUGCCACUACUAAAGAUGCACACGAAUGCAAACCUUGUAAUUGCAACGGUUAUUCGGAGAGAUGCUUCUUCGAUAAGGAACUAUACAAGAUUACUGGUCAUGGUGGCCACUGUUUGGAUUGUCGAGCCAAUCGUGAUGGCCCAAAUUGCGAACGUUGCAGAGAAAACUAUUAUCAACACCCGGAAGACAAUUAUUGUGUCGCUUGCAAUUGCAACGAAAUCGGUUCAAGAAGUUUACAAUGUAACAGCGAAGGGAAAUGUCAAUGCAAACCUGGUGUAACCGGUGACAAGUGCGAUCGUUGUGCAGCGAAUUAUUAUAACUUUGGUUCAUACGGUUGUAUCUCAUGCGAAUGUAAUCCACCCGGUUCCCUUAUGAAUGCACCAAACUGCGAUCCUGUUAGCGGUGUUUGCAUCUGUAAAGAAAAUGUCGAAGGAAAGCGAUGCCGAGUAUGUAAACCAGGAUUUUUCAAUCUUGCUACGGACAACGAAUUCGGUUGUACACCGUGCUUCUGUUACGGUCAUUCCUCAGUAUGCAGGCCGGCGACCGGCUAUUCUAAAGUUAUAAUCGAGAGUAUGUUUGUGAGAGGAGCUGAACGAUGGAGAGCUACUAUCGCUGGUAACUCGAUACCACUUCAUUACGAUCCUCUUACUCAAACGAUAUAUGCCACGGCACUGGAUCGAGAUAAUGUUUAUUUUAUUGCACCCGAUAGAUUCCUCGGUGAUCAACGCGCAUCUUAUAACCAAGACUUAUCAUUUACACUAAGAAUUGGGGAAGCUGGCCCAGCACCCACUAUUCGUGAUAUAAUACUCGAGGGAGCAAACGGAGAACAAAUCACACAGCCGAUUUUCGGGCAAAAUAAUUAUUUACCUUCAGUGACACCGCAUGAAUAUCGUUUCAAAUUGCACGAACAUCCUAGCUACGGUUGGGAGCCUCGCCUUUCUUCUCGAGCAUUCAUGUCUAUCUUGUCAAACUUAACAGCUAUUAAAAUUCGUGGCACCUAUACGCAUCAAGGUCGAGGAUUCUUAGACGAUGUUAAGUUGGAGACAGCUCUUCGUGGUGCUGCGGGUGAAACUGCCGAUUGGGUGGAACAUUGCCAAUGUCCCCACGGUUAUGUAGGCCAAUUUUGUGAAUCCUGUGCACCUGGAUUCCAUCACGAUCCACCGAACGGUGGUCCUUUUGCACUUUGCGUCCCUUGUAAUUGCAACAAUCAUGCAGAUAUUUGCGAAGCUGAAACUGGACAAUGUAUUUGCGAACAUAAUACGGCCGGUAGUAAUUGUGAAUUGUGCAAACGUGGAUAUUACGGUCACCCAUUAAAGGGUACAUCUGAUGAUUGCAAACCAUGUCCCUGUCCUGACAAUGGACCUUGUAUACUGCUUGGCAAUAAUCCAGAUCCAAUUUGUUCCGAGUGUCCACUGGGUAGAACAGGACCUAGAUGUGAAACAUGUUCGGAUGGCUACUUUGGAAAUCCUGAAAAGGGUAUAGCUUGCAGACCUUGCGAUUGUAACAAUAACAUCGACUUAAACGCUGUAAGGAAUUGCAAUCAUGAAACUGGUGAAUGUUUGAAGUGUGUAAACAACACUGCUGGUUUUCAUUGCGAAGAAUGUCUUUCAGGUUAUUACGGAGACGCAUUGUCUGAUCGUAAAGAAGAUGGAUGUAAAUUAUGUCAGUGUUUCCCGCCAGGCACAGUUGAACUCAACGAUGGUAGAGUAGCACCUUGUGAACAAUUAACAGGACAUUGUACUUGCAAGCCUCACGUAACCGGUCGAAAUUGUGAUAAAUGUGAAGAAGGAUAUUAUCAUAUACUUAGUGGAGAGGGAUGCGUGCCUUGCAAUUGUGAUACUGAAGGAUCCUACAAUCGUACUUGCAAUCCUGUUACUGGUCAAUGUGAAUGCAGACCUGGUAUUACUGGGCAACAUUGUGAUGUAUGCGUUUCUUAUCAAUACGGAUUCAGCAGGGAAGGUUGUAAGCCUUGUGAUUGUGACAAUAUUGGCUCUCAAGACUUGCAGUGUGACGCUAGUGGACAAUGUCCGUGCUUCCCCAAUGUAGAAGGAAGACGCUGUGAUCGUUGUAAAGAAAACAAACAUAAUAGACAAAAUGGAUGCGUCGAUUGUCCUGAUUGUUAUAAUCUUGUUCAAGCUGCGGCUAAUAGCCAUAGGGAACGUUUAGCAGAGUUAGAAAAUACGCUUAAAAAAAUUAACAGCAGCCCGACAGUUAUAAAAGAUUCGGACUUCGAGAAAGAAUUGAAAAACGUGCAGGAUAAAGUAAAAAAUCUUUUACAAAUUGCUAAACAAGGCUCUGGCAGUGAAAAUAAAACUUUGGUGGAACAGCUUGACGAAUUACGUGAUCAGUUGAAUGAAAUUGAAGAAAUUGCACAAACUGUAAAUCUGACUGCUUUCGACGCACAUAAAACUACUUCAGAGGGUUUGAUGAACAUUGACGAAGCAGAAAAAGUGCUGGAUAAGAUACACGCUCAAUUGACUGAUACAGAAGAUUAUUUAGCCACAGACGGAGCAACUGCAUUGUCAAAAGCGAAAUCACGUGCAGAUCAAGUUGGUCAGCAGAAUAUACAAAUGACUUCAAUCGCGCAGGACGCGCGUCUGUUCGCCGAAUUAAAUGUUAAUGAAGCAAAAAAAAUUCAUGCACUAGCAGAACAAGCUCGAAAUACAACAAUAGAAGCUUAUAGUCUUGCAAAAAAAGCUAUAGCAAAAUAUUCUAACAUGACUGAUGAUAUUAGAGGAUUAGAAAAUAAAUUGGAGUUGUUAGAACAUCGCAUGAAUGAGGUGAAAAAUCUUACCAGCAUAGCAGCCACUAAAUCAACCGCUGUUUCACAAGAAGCAAUAGAUUUAUUGAUUCUCGAUUUAGCACUUCCACCUGUUGACAUUGAACAAUUGAGAAAUCAAGUUGAAGACGUAAAUAAUGAGGGAUUACGAUUGAAAGAACAAGCACAAUUGCUGUUAGAUCAGAAUGAAAAUUUUAUAAAUGAAAUAGUAGAAAAAAUAAAAAAAAGCGACGAGUUAAUAGAACGAGCACAAGAUCAACAAGCGGCUACUGCUGAACUUUUAGCCGAACUGGAUAAAGCAAAUGAAAAAGUGGAUGAUGCUGUCAAACGGGGAGAUCAGACUUUAAAAGAAGCUCAGGAAACAUUACAGAAAUUGAGCGAAUUUCAUGCUGAAGUAGAGAGGGAACGUGUAAAAGCUCAAGAUGCUCUAAAGAACAUAAAAGACAUUGAAUCGUUAAUCAUGGAUGCCACGAAGAAAGCUUUACAAGCUGAAAAUAUAUUAAAUGGUUCUGAAGAUAAAGCCGAACGUGCACGUAAGAUAGCGCAAGAUGCUCAGGCAUAUGCGGAAAAGGCUAGUGCGAAAGCGAACACUAUUAGAACUGAAGCAAAUAAAACUAAAAUAAUAGCGCUUCGUGUAGGAAAUGAAGCUGAAAAAUUACAUCAAAGAGUUGAUAUCACAGAUUCAAUGAUGAAGGAAUACGAAAGUCAAAGUAGUCAGGAUACUAAUAUUACAAAUGAAGUGAAUCACAAAGUUGGUUUAGCUAAAAGUAACGUAACAUUAGCGUCACAACAAGUCGACAAAGCUCUAGAUGAAGUAGCUAAAAUAAUAAAAGAACUUGAAAAUUUACCGGAAAUUGAUGAUUCUUAUUUAAAUCCAUUAGAAGAACGCUUAGCUGCAGCUGAAAAAGAAAUCAUAGCUGCAAAUCUAGAUCAAAGAAUUCGUAAUUUAACGGAUGCAAAAAAUUUACAAACACAGUGGGUAAAGAAUUAUGAAGAUGAAGUUAGUAGACUAAGAAUGGAGGUUGAUAACAUUGAUGAUAUAAGAAAAGUUUUGCCUACUGUUUGCAACAAACGUUUACGGCUCGAACCCUAAACCAUAUUAUAAA